AAUGGUUUUCGUCACAGAGUUGUCUUACAAAUACAGAGGUUCGGAAACAGCGGAACAAGGCAUUUGUGGCCGAAAAGAAGCGUCAGAUGUCUCUUAUAACAAGAGUCGAAAAGAUCAAAGUGGAGUUCAAAGGGCAUCCGGAAGACACAACAUUGAUCAUGAAUAGGGGCUUGUCAACUCCAUACAACUGUGCAAUGCAUAUGGAAGAAUUGUUGAGGAACAGGUCUGCUUUAGCGUUGGUAGAUGGGCGACCGUGGGACAUGCACCGCCCCCUAGUGAAAGAUUGUGAAUUACAGUUUCUGCAUUUUCAAGAGCAAAUACCAUACCUUUCAAAUAUGGUUAACAAGGCAUUUUGGAGAUCAGGCUCAUUUCUACUUGGGUACAUAAUGGAUCGAGCAUUCAAGGAUCAAUACUAUGUAGAACCACAUAGUUGGCCGGCACCUGACAUAAGAAGUGGGAGCUUCAUCUGUGAUAUUGACUUGAAGAUGGACAACUGGACACCGAACGAAGAAGAAAGGAAUUGUUUGACACGGAUAGGAUAUAAUAUGCUUUUGAGCACAUCAUCCAAGGUGUUUGAGCGAUUGGAAGUCGAUGCAAGUGUAGCUCAAGAUAUGUUUGCUGACAACAGGUUCAAACUAGAACAGAUUCCUGAUAUCGCUGCAAAGUCCAAGUCCCAAAACACUGUCACCGUCUACAAGCUUGACGACCACAUUGACAUUAGCGGUGGACCCAUGAUUGCUAACUCUGGUCUUGUAGGCCUUUUUGCGGUUUCUGCAGUGCAUCCAAUCGAUACCAAAUUUGGUAGGCUUCAUAGAGUACAAGGUCUAGCACUUCCAACACAGCUAAAAAUUCGGAGUUGGACUUGGAAACUACUGCUAGAGCGAGCAGCUAAAUAUAAUGCCACGCGGCUUCCGGGAGAGGUGCCAAGUUCGGAUGACAACAUAUCUGGUAGUCAAACAAUAGAGCAGCCAUUCCUGCCACCUAGCGGAGCAUCUCGUCCACAAGAGGCCACCACGUGAUAGAAUAGGAUAUCAAUCUAUAUACCACCAGUAGCACUACCCCAUUUAGAACAACUAUGGCUUCCCUUUUCACAUUAUGGGUUGCUGCAAUGAGAAACGUGCAGAAUAACUUAUGAUCGUGAUGACAGGGGUUGGAAGUCAGAUUUUGAAGAAACAUGAGCAAUUGUAUAUUGUAAUAUUCUUCUCAUGUAAUGUAGUUACCUGUUUCUUGCAAUGUUUGUUUAUCAGGUGCCCACUCUUCCUAUAUUUCCAUACCUUUGUGCAAAUUCAAUGAGCACUUGUAAAAUCAUAGCAAGUGUUAUUUCAUAUGAAGGGAUAUUACAUGUGGGUACAUUAAAAUGAUACAAAAUACAAGGAACUGUUAUGAUGUUGAACUAAACUGUUUAUGGCUGCAUGAUUUCUGUAGUUAUUAUUGAGUUUAUCACAUUUGUUGUUGUAAUUCUGCUAUUAGUACAUGUAUAUGAAUAUGGAUUAAACGUAGAUCAUAGGCUUUAUGUACAUGCACUGUAUGAUAAAGUGAUGCAGGAGAAUUAUCCACAGAUGCAGAGUAUCUAGGAAAAGAAAGAAGUGCUAUGCAGGGGUCUUUACCUGUGGUCCAUGGACUAUUUUGGGGUACAUGAACUAGGCGCAUCAAAAUUUUGUGUUCAUGUGCAUUUUUCUGGGGAGGAGUCCGUCGCUCUUACCAGAUUCUCAAGGGGUCCAUGACUGAAAAAAGGUUAAGAACCACUGUGCUAUACUGUUGAUAUUAUGCAUUCAAAGAAAAGGCCAUACUCAGCAAACCUAUCACAAUAUGUUAUUUUGGAAUGCCACGCCUUGCCACCAUGCUCAGGAUAGCUGCAUGCUGUUCUACAUCAGUGUCUGUUGGUUCAGAAUGCAGUUCAGUGAAUGUUCUGCUUGGCUGCAGUCAUGUGACUCCUGUAUUUCCUGUCCUUGCGUAUUUCCUGGAGGGGCACAUUGUCAUGAUUUCUUCAAUAACUGAGUACUCUUUCGCUACUGGCACACAAGAACCUCGGAGUCUUUUGGAAUUUCCGUCUAUACAUUACUAUUGCCUUCCUAUACUUUUAAAAUACGUAGUUAAUAGGGAUGAAUCGUGAUAGCUUAAUUGUAUACAUUUAUAUAAGCUAAUAACUAAAUGUUGUCUGCAUGAUAAAGAUAAUAAAUGUAAAAUUAAUAAUUA